AUGCCCCAGAGCCCUGUAUCAAGCGAGGAGGAGAGGAGGAGCAUCUCCGAAUAUCCUGGGGGAGAGUCGGACUCGGACAGCUCCAGAGAGGUCAUGGCCCCUGGAGGGAAAAACAAUCCCAAUUCUGCCACCAGCAAUACUAGCCCUAACCCUCUUUCAGCAUCCUCAGUAGCAGCAAGGAGAAUAAAGGAGAGAUCCAUGUCUGUUCCUGACGAUUCCAAUUUCAGUAUGAUGGUCUUUCGCAUUGGUAUCCCUGACCUACAUCAAACAAAAUGCCUCAGAUUUAACCCAGAUGCCACAAUCUGGGUCGCAAAGCAACAGAUACUGUGCACUCUGAAUGAGAGCCUGAAGGAUGUCCUUAACUAUGGCCUUUUCCAACCAGCAACCAAUGGAAGGGAUGCCAAGUUCUUGGAUGAAGAGCGUCUUCUUCGGGAGUAUCCACAGUCUUUUGAGAAAGGGGUUCCAUAUUUGGAGUUCCGCUACAAGACAAGAGUUUACAAGCAGACUAACCUUGAUGAAAAGCAAUUGGCGAAGCUCCACACUAAGGCUGGUCUGAAAAAGUUUGUGGAGUAUGUACAACAUGGCUCAGCGGAGAAAGUGGCCAGGCUGCUGGACAAAGGCUUGGAUCCCAACUAUCAUGAUUCAGAAGGUGGAGAGACGCCAUUGAGCAUGGCUGCACAAAUGGAAGGAACGGUGGAUGUCAUUAGGAUGCUUUGCCUUGGAGGGGCCCACAUUGACUUUCGUGCCCGCGAUGGCACCACAGCUCUCCACAAGGCUGUCUGCUCCCGAAAUUAUAAUGCGCUCAUGACACUUUUGGAUCUCGGUGGUUCUCCAAAUUACAAAGAUCGUCGAGGUCUUACUCCUCUGUACCAUACGGCCAUGGUGGGUGGAGAUCCCAGGUGCUGUGAGUUACUGCUCUACAACAGAGCAUACAUUGGCACUGUGGAUGAAAAUGGCUGGCAAGAAAUUCACCAGGCCUGCCAGCAUGGCCACUCACAACACUUAGAGCAUCUACUCUUUUAUGGGGCUGACCCUGCUGCUCAGAACGCUUCAGGCAACACCGCUCUGCAUAUCUGUGCCCUGUACAACAAGGAGAGCUGUGCUCGAGUAUUGCUGUACCGAGGGGCGAGCAAAGAUAUAAAGAACCACAGUGGACAGACCCCUUUCCAGGUAGCUGUUAUUUCAGGAAAUUUUGAAUUAGGGGAGCUGAUCAAGAGUCAUCGAGACACUGAUAUUGUGCCCUUCCAGGAAUCUCCUUCCUAUGCUGUCCAUCGUAGGGAAGGAGGAAAAGCUCUGUCUGUUCCCCAUGUCCUUUUACGUGCCAAUAGCGACAACAGCCUAUCACUGCCUGACUGGAUGGUCUUCUCCGCUUCCACUGCCAAUACUGUCACUCUGCAGGGACAAAAGGCCUCAGGGGGAACUCUGAGAAGCUCCAGUAGCCCACGAGGGGCUCGAAGUCGAUCACCUUCACGGGGACGCCACACAGAGGAGUCCAAGAAACAACCACGGGGACGGCCUAGUUCCAGUGGUUCUUCCAAAGAUGCCCCUGCUGGUGGGACUGUCAAUCACCGUAUGAAACGCAAACUGUAUUCAGCAGUGCCAGGACGCAUGUUUGUGGUCACCAAACCUUACCAGUCCCAAGGUGAAGGAGAAAUCUCUCUCAGCAAAGGAGAGAAGAUCAAAGUUUUGAGUGUGGGAGAAGGAGGAUUCUGGGAAGGAAACGCCAGAGGACGCACCGGAUGGUUCCCUUCAGACUGCGUGGAGGAAAUUCCCACAAAACCCCAGGAAGGAAAACAAGAGAGCCGGAGUGACAAAGCCAAACGGUUGUUCAGACACUACACGGUUGGAUCGUAUGACAGCUUUGAUGCUCCCAGUGACUACAUUAUUAAAGAAAAAACGGUGCUGCUGCAGAAGAAAGACAGCGAAGGAUUUGGCUUUGUGCUGAGAGGAGCUAAGGCACAAACCCCAAUUGAGGAGUUUACUCCAACUCCGGCUUUUCCAGCGCUUCAGUACUUGGAAAGUGUGGAUGAAGGUGGAGUGGCUUGGAGAGCAGGUCUCAGGAUGGGGGACUUUUUAAUUGAGGUAAAUGGACAGAAUGUGGUAAAAGUGGGUCAUCGGCAGGUAGUUAACAUGAUUCGGCAGGGAGGAAACAACUUAAUGGUAAAAGUUGUUAUGGUGACACGGAACCCAGAAAUGGAGGAUGCCAUGCGAAAAAAAGUGCCCCAGCAAACCAAGCGGGUUACUCCACCCGCAAUAUCACUGCGUUCCAAAUCCAUGACUUCAGAACUGGAGGAAAUGGUGGAAAAAGUGUCUCCCUGGAAAAAGAAAAAUGACUAUGAGCCAUCUCAGAACACAGAGAAGAAAAGAACCGUAUAUCAAAUGGCACUAAAUAAACUGGAUGAAAUUCUCGCAGCAGCCCAGCAAACUAUUAGCGUGAAUGAGAGCUCCAACCCUGGUACACUGGCAUCUCUGGGAACAUCACGGUCUGCCUCAAAGAGCUUUUUUUCCUCAGAGCCAAAUUUUGGACAGCAUAGAGUCUCAAGUACACAGUCGGUGUAUGAUGGUCCAUCCUACUUGUCCUCUUCUCCUGGCCAGGCCAUGAUGCUGCGGCAAAAGUCUAUUGGUGCUGGGGAUGAUGAAAAGCCAUUUUUGUCUGCUCCCCCCAUGAAAUUUAACCGCAGUCUUUCUGUUCCUAGCUCAGAAGACAUACCCCCUCCGCCUACAACUUCUCCUCCUGAUCCUCCAUAUAACACUGCACCUUCAUCUGCAGCUAGGGUUAACCCAGCUGUAAGGUCUAACUUUAAUCAAAGUGGAGAUUCUAAAUUGUUUUCCCCUACAAUGAGACAAGAAUCUAGUCUUUUUGACCAACAAAUUAUAGAUGCAUCUCAGAGACGUGAGAAGCUACAGCAGCUCUACCACCAAGAUUCUGAACAAACUGCUGAUGAACAGAUCCGAAUAGGAAUGGCUUCAACAGCAAAUAUGAGAAACUGGCGGUCACAGACACAGGAGAUGCGUUACUUUAAUCUUCCUACUAGAGCAGCCAGUACAGCAAUGUAUGUACCAGCAAAAGCCGUGCGUCGAAAAGGCCAACUAGUGAAACAAGUAAAGGUAGAAAAUGAACAACAGCAGCAUUUGCAACAACAGCAGCAUCAGCAGCAAUACCAGUCUCAUCACCAGCAGCAACAAACUAGCAAGUCACAUGAAAAAAGUUCCAUUCCUAUACCUACAAUCAUUAUUAAAGCCCCAUCGACCAGUAGUAGUGGAAGGAGUAGCCAAGGUAGUAGUAUGGAGGCUGAAACCCAGCCAGACCCUAUUCCAUCUCUGCAAUUACGUGAUAAUAUUGACUUUACAAGCCAGUUUGGAGCAGCCAUUGUCGGUGCAGCACGGCGGGACCGUGAGUGGUUUAAUGAAGCCCGCCGAAAAUCUGCUCUUUUUCUUUCCACAGACGAAGACACAGAGCCCACACCUGCCCCAAGGUUGAAGCAUUCUAAGUCUAUUGAUGAGGGUAUGUUUUCUAGUGAACCAUACAUGCAUUUAAAUGUUCCCACAAAUUUUGGCGCACCUGUGAAUAGAGAUGUUACUAGUGGAUACGCCUACCAGUCAAAAACUGGCAAGGGCUAUGGCCCUAGUACCACUAGCGCAUUUAGUUCUGCAUGUUCCACUUUUUUACCACAGCUACAAUCAUGCUCCAGUCCAAUGACAAUAUCCAAUGUCAAUUCAGUUGGAGGAGGCAGUCCACUUAUACAUCCCCUGACUGGGAAAAUACUGGAUCCUAGUUCUCCUUUAGGUCUUGCUUUAGCAGCACGAGAAAGAGCUUUAAAAGAGUCACAACAGCAUAGUAGAAGUGAAUUAGAAGAGAGAAAGUCCCGUCCAUCUUCUCCACGUUUUCCAGAACAAAAGUCUCCAAUAGAGUCCCGAAGCAGCUCUCCACAUAGACUCUGGGAGUCAGGACCCACAAAAAGAAAAGAGAUAGAUUUCAAGCCAUGUAUGGUAUCCCCAACUGGUGAAAGAAAGUCAGAUGAGAGUUCUGGCCACCGGUCUCCUGCUCUAUUGCUGCUUCAAGGUGUAGAACAUGGUAAAGCCUGGGAAAAGAGGACUGAAGGCCAAGAAAAAAUAGAACUGCAUGUGCGCUUCAUGGAGAACUCCACCCACAAAGAUGAAGAAGAUCAUAAUAAGAUUUCCUUAUGUAAGGAAGUAAAAAAUGAAAGACAAAGAGCCAACCCAACUAUGAAUCAUGCCCCAUUACCUAGCGCAAAUUUAGAAACACAUGAAUCCAAUUCCAAGGAGAAUGGGCUACCAUUAUUAGUCUUGCCUCCCCCAGCCCCUUCAAUUGAUGUUGAUGAUGAUUUUUUAUUUACUGAGCCUCUCCCUCCACCAUUAGAAUUUUCAAACAGUUUUGAUAAGCCUGAUUCACCUCCAGGGGCAUCAGGUGGAACAUCUACCCUUCCACCUCCUGUUCCUCCACCACCUCCUGACUCUGUUGGCACUCCUGCUCUAGACUCUACGACUUCUAGUCUCACUUCUUAUGACAGCGAAGUAGCCAACUUAACCCAGGGGACACCAGAACUUAAAGAACCUCAUGUCAAUUUCUCGUCUGUUGUGUCGUCAAUUCAAAUACCAGCAUCAGACACUAUAGAGACAGUAACUGAUUCUGGCAUUGAAGAGAUUGAUAGUCGAAGCAGCAGUGAUCACCAUCUAGAGACUAUUAGUAGUGUCUCAACAUUAUCAAGUAUGUCUGGACUUUCAACAGAAGGAACAGAACUAUUGGACACUUACAUAACUUAUCUAGAUGGACAAGCAUUUAGUGCUGAUAAGCCUGUUGUCCAAAAUAAGAUUCGUUCAAGGACAUUUCCAAGUAGAACACCUGGACUACUUAGAGAUCCCAUUACUGCCACCAGUACCACCAUUUCUGUUUCUCCCUCUGCAGAAAAUGUCUUCACACUGACACCAUCUAAAGGACCCUCACUCUGUGCUCCUUCAGAGCCAGCAAAGGAUUCUCAUAGAAAAUCUCCCACGCUCCCAUGGGAGGACUACUCCCAGGAAAAACUCUCUUCGGUAUCUACAGUUAAAUCAAAUAUGAUGACUGAGUUAAGUUCAAAGAUUCAGCAUAUGAGUGGAGUUUCAUGGUCCAGGCCACCAGAAUCUGCAGUAUCAUUUACACCUGAAAGGCCCACUUCACUGCAGAGACACAGGAUAGUUGAUGAUUCUGCUGCUUCAUUGAUUUCUUCUAAACCCGUGAGCAGUUUAUUUCAUAACUGGCCUAAGUCUCCACAGCCUGCUCAAAAACACCCCAAAAGUGUGGAUUUUGACAUACGUCCUACCUUGAGAAGAGCACCAAGCCCAUCAACCUUGCCCACGGAGCACAAAAUAAGCCCAACUCCACGUCCUUCUUCUCUACCCAUCUUGCCUUCUGCCCCUGUUUACACAGGGGUCUUUGACCUAAGAGGCUCCCCUACAGCUGGAGGAGAUGCUUUCCCUGGCUUCCAAACGGGCAGUCGGUCCUUAUCUCCAACUCAUUUCAUUCUACCCCCCACUGAGAAACCAUUUGCCUCUAAGCCCAUUCACUUUUGGACAAAAUAUGAUGUGGCUGAUUGGUUGGACUACUUAAAUCUUGGUGAACACCGAGAACAUUUCUUAGACAAUGAAAUUGAUGGCAGUCACUUACCAUCCCUGACAAAGGAGGAUUACAUUGACCUGGGUGUUACAAGAGUCGGCCAUCGAAUGAACAUUGACCGAGCUCUGAAAUUUUUCUUGGAGAGGUGA